GAAGACAUGAAUCAACCGAUCAAAGAAUUUGUUGCCGAAUGUUUGGGAACUUUGAUUUUAGUGACAUUAGGCUGUGGAGCAGUUGCUGCCAAUGUAUUGAAAGGAUCGAGUGAUAUAUCAAUUGGUUUGGGAUUUGGUAUCGGAGUACUCAUCGGUGCCGUCAUUGCUAUACCUAUUUCUGGCGGUCAUCUCAACCCAGCCGUCACUAUAGCUCUUUGUUCAAUAAGAAAAUGCAAUUGGAAAAAGGCUUUAUACUAUAUUCCGGCUCAAUACAUCGGGGCUUUCUUGGGAUCAGCCAUUGUGUACGGCAUAUAUCAUCAGGGAAUCCAAGAAUAUGAGAAUGAAUUUAGAAAACUGGCUGAAAAUUCAAACUCCACUUUCGACAAAGUGGGUCUCACGGGAGGCAUAUUUGCUACAUAUCCGCAAACAUAUCUGACCGUCGGUCAGGUGUUGGCCGACCAGAUAUUCUCGUGCGCUAUACUUAUGAUCGCAAUACUGGCCAUCACUGACGAGAAGGGCAUUAAUACUCCCCGAGCUCUCCAACCACUGAGUAUAGCGCUUGUUGUCUGUGCACUCAUCAUAUCCUAUGGCUUCAAUUGUGGCGCUACACUAAAUCCUGCCCGUGACUUAGCCCCCAGAGUUUUCACCGCACUCGCAGGCUAUGGACUCGACGUUUUCAAACCAUUGGAAGGUCAGUAUUGGUGGUCGGCUGGUCUGGUGGCCCCGCAUAUCGGCGCUAUCAUCGGUGCCCUUAUCUAUGCGUUAGGCAUAGGAAUGCAUAACAAUAAUAGCGACGAUUCCAACGCAAGUCUCAGUACAUUAGUUACGGUUCCCAUCACUAAGAAUGAUGUCAUCUUUCAAAGAGCUCGACAAGUGAUCACCGAAAACAUGAAAGUGUCGCCAAUGGAUAUCGAGAGAGAAAUGCAUAGAAAUUACUAA